GCAACCCACGUGGUUCCGGCCGUGACGUGCAUAGAUGGACGCCGUGCGAAGGCUGGGUGCGGUUCGCUGCUCGUCGUCGUGCUAGUGUGGCCGCGUUUCGUACUACGUCGCGAUCGUCGUAGUGCUCCGGUGACUGACAACACCCGCGAGCGAGCUCGCUUUCACCCGACCGAGGCUCGGGCACAGGCUUGGGACACGAAAGGCAGCCGCGUCGAGUGCCGCUCGGUUUGUGUGUGCAGCCGUGCGCGCGUGUUGUGUUGACUCUUCGCCGUGCGUCGUUCGGGCGCGCUCACGCGAGCAAGUGAGCGCGGCGGCAUCAGCGCGGGAGAUUCGAAGGCGGCAUGAAUCUGGGCGAGGAAGCGCUGUGGACCUCGUCGGCCGCUGCGGCCGCUCCCGAAGGCCACGGGCGCCACUUCGACGCCUAUUGGAGCGAGUGCGACCACUUCCGCAUCGACGACGAUGAGGAAGAGGACGACCGCGCGACCCACCAGAAUCCAGAGGAGCAGGAUGCUGACUGGCUCCGGGAGGUGGGACUCGACUUUGUGCUCGACGACGUCCUCGGGUCGAGCGGCGGCCAGCAACCCCAACAGCACAACAAUGAUGGAAGUGCACCACCACCACCACCGCCGGCGGCUCGGUCCUACGUGCGUACGCUCAGCCGCGAGCAGGCAGCGGCCGUCCAGAGGCGGCUGGACACGGUCACGCUGCGCCGGCGCAAGCACCACGCGCCCAGGCAGGACGUACGCAACGUGUUCGAUCCAGCCGCCCACCAGCAUGCUGGCGACGCCGCGGACGGACGCCGUGGCGAGAUGCGCCUGCCCUCCGCCGCGCCAGUCGGCGGCCGUGCUGCUCAAGGCCCGCUGUGGAAGAACCACUGGAACCAGUACGACGCCAUCGCCACGCCUGACGUCAAAGGCGUGGCCGUGCUCGGAUUCAAGAUGAAAGGCACGCUGCGAGGGGCGCCGACGGAAGCGGCGUCCUUGACGCCCCCCGAGGAGGACGACGAGGACGAGUCACCGGUCGCGGUCCAGCCCGGGGUCGACUGGACUUUGCAACCCGGCUUCAACGACUCGUUCAGCCUGGACAGCCAAGACCAGGAGCUUCCUCUGGUGACCGCGUGCGAGCAGCCCGCGGGCGUCACGGUGCCUGGCCACCUGUCGCCGGCCGACUGGCGCAAGGUUCGCAGCCUGGCGCUCAUCGAACUCACGGCGCUCUUCGACCGGCUGGGCAUCACUUACGCGCGUCGCAAGAACACGCGCCGGAAAACCAAAGAGACUGGCCCGCUGUACGGCGUGCCACUGACGACUCUGCUGGAGCAGGACAACGUGCGGCACGCUCCCCUGCAGCACAAGGUGCCGGUCAUCAUCCGCGAGAUCCUGGAUCAUCUACGUCGCCACGCGCUGCAGGAGGAAGGCAUCCUGCGCGUCUCUGGUUCCGCGCUCAAGAUCGACGCGCUCCGGUCCGAACUCGAGUCAUGCUACAAUGGGAGUCGAAGUCCCGAGCAGCUCGGAGCAGUGCUGAGUCGCUUUGGCGUGCACGAAGUCGCCGGCAUGCUGAAGCAGCUCCUGCGCAACCUGCCGGAGCCGCUGCUCACCAACAAGUACGCCGAGGCAUUCCUGCAGGUCGAAGGCAUUCCGACCUUGCUGGAGCAGAUCAAAGCCCUCAACCUGCUCGUGCUGCUGCUGCCAGAAGCAAAUCGUUCCACGUUACUGGCUCUGGUCAACUUCCUGGCGGACGUGACGGAGCGCGACGGCCGGAACCGGAUGUCGGUGCAGAACGUGGCCAUGAUCAUUGCGCCCAACCUGUUCGCCCCGAAGCGGCGCAAGGCAACGGAGGAGAACCUGCGGGUGGCCCGCGCUGCCACCAACGUCACGCGCAUGCUCAUCUGGUACCAGCAGCUACUGUGGAUUGUGCCGUCGCAAUUCAUGGGCCAGAUUCGCUUGGAGUACAGGAUACACUACGAGAAGAAGCAUGCUAAGGAAAACAAGAAGAAGAGGCACCAAAGAAAAGAUCGUGCAUCUUGGUUCGAACCGCGGGAGAACGAAGAUGCGGCCUUUCGUGUCCGCGUCGACCACGAGGGACCAACGGGCACGACGCACCAGGUGGCGCUGAAUGACGCCACCACGGCCGGCAGCGUGGUGGGCGAGGUCUUCCUGGCCAUGCACUUCGAGUCACGGAAGAGGGACAUCGCCACUGGAAAAGGAUCACCGCAUGGGAGGCCUUCGGAGCAGCAUUCCGGCGACAGUCGUUUUGCGAGUGACGUCGACACCUUUCUGCAAUACCACUGGCUCUACGAAGUUGGCGGAUACAUAGGUUGGCGCCAACUGGAGCACAACACCAACGUGACCGCCGUACGCGCGGAGAACCCCGUGGCUGAGUGGGUGGUGCGAUGCCACCACGUCCGAUGACCGCUCGCCCGCCAGUAUUUCAGUAGCAUUCCAAAGUUUCGGCUUCGGCUCGGUUUUCUCGUUCGCGUCUGGCCGUGCGACUCGCCUUCAACUCAACACCACCGGCUUGUCGACCGCCAGCUGGGAGCCCGCACAAAACCCAGCCGCCAAGCUUUUAAGCCUUUCAGACUGCUUCAGCGAGGAAGCGUCGUUCGAAGGACUACGCGAUUGCUCGUGCUGCGGUCGACUAGCUCUUAGCGUGUCAGCAGGAAAACUGCUGCGGCGUUGUAGAAGUGCGCGCCAGGCAAGCUUAUGCAUGGUGCAGUUACGAGGUCGUUCUGGCCUGUAAAGUUCAAGCAAAUGUCAUUUAUUACAGUAUUGUGAAGUAGAUAGCCCGUGGUGGCAGCCAAAAGGGUGAGCGGGCAGCUAUGUCCAAACUUGAGGUCAGGCAGCGUUUUCGUUCACUUGAAGUGCUGCUAGAGCGAGACAGGGACCCUACCUAUAACUUCUCGCAUCGUUAUAUAUGCCAUACAGUUGUGUAUUUUUGAUAGGCAGAGUGCUGCAUACAUGAAUCGUGCAUGUCGUCUUAUCGUUGUUUUUAAUGUUAAUGAUGAUUAAAUGAGGUUGAUACCUGA